UUAGGCGGCGCGAGCGGCCAGAUGUGCAACUUUGACGACUUCGUGGGCAUCGACCAGGGGUCGCUGGAGGGCACGGGUCAGGGCGAGGACCGCUUCUGCGGCUCCAAACUGCUCGACCACGACUUUGUCAUUUCGCGUUCGAAACCCUUCCAACUGAAGAUCCGCUCGAAUGGCGACCACUUCAACAACGCCUUCAACUCGCAGAUCGGUUACGCCCUGCGCUACACUCAACUGCCGUGUGUCAUAUGAGAGAAGAAUCGC